AUGAAAACCUCCGGCGUAGCGUCACCGCCGUCUCCGGCAUCAAUUCCGUUAUCGCAAUCGGCGUGGCUAGAGGUUCGUUUGUUCUACGUACGCAUAUCGCCUUGCGUCGUUGAGAAUGUCCCUGAUUUUCUCACCCUUCGUCAUCCUCGCCGCGAAACCGGCGCUUCUCUCGAGGUUAACGGCGUUCGCGUUCCUUCCUCGCAGACGGCGUCGCUUAAACUCCGACGCGACAGGAUCGACAGGGAAUCGUCGGAGGUGACUUACGUUAGCACCGAGACCGUGCGCGUCACCGGAUGCGUUGAUUUCGAGGUUUACGAUAACGAGGAUAUGGUUUUGUGCGGGAAUCUGGAUAGAAUCGAAGGUGUUUGGAAUAACGGAACUGUGAGCGAUCCUAAGACUGGAUGGGGUAUGGAUUGUUAUAUGGCAAUGGGAAAUGGGUCAGGCUCUGUACACGGGUCGGGUUCUUCUUCCUCUGCGUUUUUCCAGCCGAAGCUUGGCGUUUCGUCUCCGUCCGUAGAGGUUUAUAUAGCUGGUUGUUGUGGUGGUGUUCCGGUGAUAUUGACCAAGACGAUUCAGGCGAGUCCGAGGAGGAAGGUGGCUAGGCACGUGACGCUUGAUGCUAUACCGGAGGACGAGGAAGUUGACAAAGUGCAAGACAUUGUUACCACUGGUGAUGGAUUGGCCCGGCAAAGGAAAGUACAGGUAUGA